CGAAUGGCGGUGCCGGCGGCGGCUUCUCGCGGACUCCGGGGGCUGGUGACGCGGCGAUUUUUGGCCCCCACUCAGCCGGGACUCACAUUUAGCCUUCCCCCCAUGAGCUCCACUGUGCAAGAUGAAGCCUCCAAAGCAGCCCCCGUUGAGGCACCGGGCCACAGCUAUCAGUCUCUUCGAGUGACAUCCGGCCCAGAACACAUUCUGCACGUGCAGAUAAACCGGCCCGAGAAGAGGAAUGCCAUGAACAAGGCCUUCUGGAGGGAGAUGGUAGAGUGCUUCAACAAGAUAUCAGAAGAUGCCAGCUGUCGCGCUGUGGUGAUUUCUGGUGAAGGAAAAAUGUUCACUUCAGGUAUUGACCUCAUGGACAUGGCUUCAGUGCUCCUUCAGCCCCAGGGAGAGGAUGUAGCCCGCAUAAGCUGGUACAUCCGUAACCUCCUCAGCAAACACCAGGAAACCUUCAGUGUCAUCGAGAAGUGCCCCAAGCCCGUCAUCGCAGCCAUCCAUGGGGGCUGCAUUGGUGCAGGCGUGGACCUCAUCACCGCCUGUGACAUCCGCUACUGUGCCCAGGACGCGUUCUUCCAGGUGAAGGAGGUGGACAUCGGUCUGGCAGCCGACGUGGGAACACUGCAGCGUCUGCCCCGGGUCAUCGGGAGCCAGAGUACCUGCCACAAACAACCCAUAUCCGCCCCUCCACCCCCGCUGGACCUGCCCUGUGGCAACAUAGCUGAGUGA